AUGUCUAAUUCUAAUUCUAACCAAAUCCCUAUUUCAGAAGAAAUAAAAUCACCAACCCCUUUCACCUUCGCCCUCACCUGCCCCCACUGUCAAAAAUCUCUCACCGCCCAAGAUUUUGACAAUAAUCACUUUACUAUCGCUCACUUACAAUCUUACUUUCAGCACAAAGAAACUGAGUAUAAACAGCAAAUCCGCCAACAACUAGAACAAGAAAUCACUUCUUUACCUAUUUUUCAGCAAUUAAAGUCCGAAAACGAAAAAUUAAAACUAAUCGUGGAAGGUUACAAAUUAGGUUCCACCAAAAAUAGUAAAACCAAAGGGGAAGAGCUAGAAAAAUAUAUUUUGGAGCAAUUACAAACUAGUUAUAACUGA